GUCAAACCUGGAGAUUUCUAUGGACAACGCCGGCUCUUCGGCUUAGAAAUGGAGAUGAGCACCAACCCCCAGAGUCGGUCACGACUGGACUUAACGUCAGGGGAAACCUUUACCUUUUUUUACCCUUAUAUAAAACGGCAAUGGAGGUUUUUGUUUGUUUUUUUGAGAGAGGGGGGGAUUUUAAAGCCCUGGAUGUAGAGAGGCAACUGUAGUUCCAAGUUGUGGGCUUCCAUCCCUAGUUCUGUUCUGUGUCACAUCAUCCCUGCAUCUUAAGCCGCCUUCUUUCUCCCAGUUCGCCAGGGCCUACUGAGAAGAGGCUUGGAGAAUAGUCCUGAAGCCCCCCACUCCGCCCGCCCCAAAUGUCACCCAGCUCGUCGACGGAGGAGAGCUCAUUAGGAGCAAUUAGUUCCUCCUCCUGCCGAGCGUCCCGGCGCUUCCCUUCCUCUUUCCUUCCUUCCUUCCUCUGCCCUCCUCCCCUUCCCUCUCCUGCUGCUGCGGCAAAGUCGGGGAUGUGUGUGCGCAGAGGGCGAAGGAAUGAGAGCUGCUCGGCGUCCCGGGCUCCCUUUCCUCCUUUCUCUUUCCUCCUCCUCCUCCUCCCCUCCGGAGUGGUGCAUUGUGGAGGGAGCGCGGUAGUGUCUGUCUGUCCCGGGCCAGGCGCUGUCCAAGGUGCUACUCCGCCCCGGACGCAUGCCCGCCUUCCUCUCCCUCCGCCCGCCUCUUUCGCCUCUUGACGCACGAACGAAGCCUCUUCCUUGGCGAGGAAGCGACCAUGGUGUUUGCGCCAGGGGAGAAAUCUGGAAACAACCACGAGGAAGCAAGACUACAACAUGCCAGCAAACAGAUAGUGCAUACUGCCAUUCAACAAGCUGUCCAGCAGUUCUCCCAAGAAAGCCAGAGAAAGGAGAAAUGCACAAACAGUAGUGUGAACUUGCAGCUUGGGCAAGGGCAAUUAACUAAGAAGCAUGAAAAAAAGUAAACUGCUACUACUUCUGAA